GUCCCUGCGUGUAAACUAGUACAGGGGGAAGAACACCAGUCUGACGGGAACAUUCAUCGGGAACAAACUGCCAGCUACGCACAGAUAGUAGACGUCUGCGGAUUUUAUGAUACUUACUUUGUUUUGAGGCUUUUUCUCUCGUAUAAUAUUAAAACUAGUGUUGUUGUCGUGGAGGAUUGAAAGGUUUGACACUGGAGGACUGGCCUGAAGUUACAAAGCGAUCACAGCCCGACUGAAGCCUCCUGUUGGUCUGAGCCCAUCUGCCUGAGCUCACGCCAAGGCUCCUUCUGAGGCCAGACCAGAUUUGCUCUGCAGGACGCUGACUGACACUUUUUCAAAACCCACUUGUUGAUUUUGUUUAUUUACAAGAAUCUGUCCUUGAUGACAGCAUUUGCUCCUCGCUUUUUCACUUUCACUAUUUUAGCACCACAAAUGGCUUUCUCUCCUUAGUUACUUAACCAUACAACCAGCCACUAUGAUUCAUCCAAGUAUAUGUAGUAGUCCUACUUAAGUGUGGUUCCCUUGCCUUGGCCGAUAAAUACUCCCUGCUUUAUCACACUCUAGUAUGAGUUAUGACAACUCUAAAACAGGGGCCAGCAGAAGCACUCGGAGCAGAGUGGCACGGGCCGAGGAGAAGGACUCUGAGCAGGAGUCUCGUCCUGACAGGUUAGAUGUUUCUAAGAACAGUCAGACUGGUGCCAGCAGCACACAGCAGCAGAGGAAUGGGUCUGAGGGCUGCUCCUCCUCUCCCAGUGGAGCGUCUGGUUCUGGGGGCUCGUCCGGAGACCAGAGGGGUCCCAACUCAGACGACAUGGACGGAUUGUCCAGCGGGAAUGACUCUGGAGAGAGGGAGAGCGACUCCAGAGGGCGCCAGUCCACUCGGAGCUCACACAGCUCCAAUGGGAAAGACUCAGGCAUGAUGCUGGAGACCACUGAGAGCCACAAGAGCUCCAACUCUCAGAGCCUGUCCCCUCCCAGCGGCUCUCUGGCCUACAGUAUGUUGUCAAACAGCUCGGAGCACGACCCGCCCUCCACCUCCGGCUGCAGCAGUGACCAGUCUGCCCGUUUGCAGACGCAGAAGGAGCUUAUGAAGGCCAUCAAGGAGCUCAAGCUCCGCCUCCCAGCAGAGCGCAAGGCCAAGGGCCACUCCAGCACCCUCAAUGCUCUGAAAUAUGCUCUUCAGUGUGUCAGACAAGUGCGAGCUAACAAAGAGUAUUACCACCAGUGGAGUGUGGAGGAGUGCCAGGGCUGCAGUCUGGACCUGUCCACUUUUACCAUCGAGGAAUUGGACAACAUCACCUCAGAGUACACCCUCAAAAACACUGACACGUUCUCCAUGGCGGUAUCGUUCUUUUCGGGGAAGGUGGUCUACGUAUCCCCUCAGGGCUCUUCGCUGCUGCGCUGUAAACCUGAAUGUCUCCAGGGCACAGUUUUCUCUGAGCUUUUGGCACCACAGGACAUCAGCACCUUCUACAGCAGCACAGCCCCCUGCCGCCUGCCCACUUGGGCUUCAUGUAUCGGCUCUGCAUCUCCACCUGUCGACUGCACACAGGAGAAGUCCAUGUUCUGUCGCAUUAAUGCAAAUCGAACACAAGGGGGUGAGAUGCGCUAUUACCCCUUUCGCCUGACGCCGUACCAGCUCACGCUGAGGGACUCUGAUGAUGCAGAGCCACAGCCCUGCUGCCUGCUCAUCGCUGAGAGGGUCCACUCUGGAUACGAAGCUCCCCGCAUCCCCCCAGACAAGAGGAUCUUCACCACCAGCCACACUCCCAGCUGCCUCUUUCAGGAAGUUGAUGAGAGGGCUGUACCGCUGCUCGGACACCUGCCUCAGGACUUAGUGGGGACUCCCAUUCUGCUUUAUAUUCAUCCUGAGGACCGGCCCAUGAUGGUGGCGAUACAUGAGAAAAUCUUUCAGUUCGCAGGGCAGCCUUUUGACUAUUCUCCUCUGAGGAUGUGCGCCCGCAGUGGGGAGUACGUGACCCUGGACACCAGCUGGUCUUCCUUCGUCAACCCCUGGAGUCGGAAAGUGGCAUUCAUCGUUGGUCGCCAUAAAGUCAGAACGAGCCCCCUGAACGAGGAUGUGUUCACCAUGCCACCAGGGGGCGACACUCGCCUCACCCCAGACAUGGUGCAGCUGAGUGAACGGAUCCACAGACUCCUUGUGCAGCCCGUGCACAGUGGGGGGUCACAAGGCUACAGCUCCCUGGGCUCCAGCGGGUCCCGAGGGUCCCACCGCUCCCAUCAGCAGCACUUGAGUGCCUCCGCCACAUCGUCCAGUGACAGCAAUGGCCCCGCUCUCGAUGAGGCCAGAGCUGUUGCACUCCACAAACCAAUGACAUUCCAGCAGAUCUGCAAAGACGUUCAUACGGUCAAAACCAAUGGACAACAGGUUUUUAUUGAGUCACGUAACAGGCCACCACCAAGAAAAAACACCAGCAUCGGAGUGGCAAGUAACCUCCGAGCGAUCAGCAGUGAUCCAGUGAGAGGCCUGAUCACAGACAUGACCAAACCCCCCAAAGCUCUGGCUCCUGCUCCUCUGGUCCAGAAGGAGGCCACCACAGGCUACUCCUACCAGCAGAUCAACUGUCUGGACAGCAUCAUCAGGUACUUGGAAAGUUGUAACAUUCCCAACACAGUUAAAAGAAAGUGUGGCUCUUCCUCGUGCACGGCCUCUUCAACUUCUGAUGACGAUAAACAACAAGAAGCAAGUGGCACAAAUAAAGGUGGUUCGGUCAGCCUUGUAGGGGAGCCGUCCUCUCUUCCGCCGCUGACUUUAGCCACAAAAGCAGAGAGUGUAGCAUCAGCCACAUCCCAGUGUAGCUUCAGCAGCACCAUCGUCCAUGUGGGAGACAAAAAGCCUCCUGAAUCUGAUAUCGUGAUGGAGGAGGCUCCGACCACUCCGACUCUGGCUGCCCCUAGUACUGCUCCCACUCCUCCUCCUGCCAGUGUCUUUACUCCUCCCAGCAGCACCAUUAUCACCCCCCCUCCUCUCCCUCCCCCUCCUCCCCUCCCUCAGGCCCAGUCCGAGCGGGACACACGCAGGAGCGGGAGCGGGGGACGCCUGGGCCUCACUAAAGAGGUCCUCUCUGCACACACGCAGCAGGAGGAACAGGCUUUCCUCGAUCGCUUCAAGGACCUCAGUAAACUCCGAGUGUUCGAUCAGACCACCUCCUCCACUGUGCACUGCCCCACCCCCGCCAUCAACCCCCUGUCCAGAGGUGUGCGCUGUUCCCGUGACUACCCUGCAGCCUGUAACAGCACAGGGCAUCGUCGGGGUCGUGGGGGUAAAAGGCUGAAACACCAGGAGUCCUCAGAGCAGCACAGCUCUAUGUGCAGCCGCAGAGACCCCCGGUCCAACACCAUGCCAAUGCCCCUGCCCCUGCCCAUGAACAUGCCCCUGGGCCCCCCUACCACAUCCUCUUCCUGGCCCUCUGUGGGCUCACAGGCCAGCAUCCCAUCUGCCCCCUUCGCCCCUGGGAUGCUUCCAGUUUACCCCCUGUACCCCCCUCUCACACAGCCUCUGUCUGUGCCGGAUCCAACUCGAUUCCCCCCAACUCAAAUGGUUCCUCCCAUGAUGGCCCUGGUUUUGCCAAACUACAUGUUCCCUCAGAUGGGAGCCCCCAUGUCCCAGCCAGGGGCCACAGGACACUUUUUUAACCCCAACUUUGCGUACCCAGGCACUACUCCAGUUACUGGACAAGGUGUUGGAUCUAACCCUGUUCUAGUUUCUAAUCCUGUCCCUAUCCCGGGCACUGGUGCCCCGUCUCGUAGCAGCACCCCCCAGUCUUACAGCCAAACCCCCGCUGACCGCGAGGGGGCAGAGUCCCCUCUCUUUCAGUCACGAUGCUCCUCCCCUCUCAACCUGCUGCAGCUGGAAGAGUCCCCCAGUAACAGGCUAGAAGUGGCCACUGCUUUAGCAGCAUCACAACAGACCACACCCUCUGCACAGGGCGGGACCCCCGGAGCACAGAGUGUAGCCAAUCAGAGGGGAGCUGACGACACCUCCAAAGAGAAUGAAAACGGCGAGGCCAAUGAGUCAAACCAUGAUGCAGAUGCCAUGUCAACCUCCAGUGACCUCCUGGACCUGCUGCUACAGGAGGAUUCUCGCUCUGGGACGGGCUCAGCCGCUUCAGGCUCCGGCUCCUCCGGUUCUGGCUCCGGCUCCAAUGGCUGCAGCUCAUCUGGCACUGGCUGCACCAGCAGCAGCCAGGGCAGUCACACCAGCAAAUAUUUCGGCAGCAUUGACUCCUCUGAGAAUGAUCACUCCCGCAAACAGCCAGCAGGGGGCAGCAGUAGUGCAGGAGGAGAUGGUGGAGAAGAGCAGUUCAUUAAGUGUGUCCUACAAGACCCGAUCUGGCUGCUCAUGGCCAACACAGACGACAAGGUCAUGAUGACGUACCAGCUGCCCGUCAGGGACAGGGAGAGUGUGCUGCGUGAAGACCGUGAGGCUCUCAGAAAUAUGCAGAAGCAGCAGCCUCGUUUCACAGACGAGCAGAAGAGGGAGCUGAGCCAGGUACAUCCCUGGAUCCGCACAGGACGCCUGCCACGCGCCAUCAACAUCUCAGCCUGCACUGGAUGUAAGUCUCCCCCCUGUGUGCUCCCCACUCAGCCCUAUGACGUGGAGAUCCAUGAGAUGGAGCUGUGCAGCGUACUUAAGUCUGAGGAGUGUGAUCCUGGAAAAGACAAAGAACAGAUAGAGACACUCAUGGAUGAGCCUCACCCAGAGGAAGAGGAAGACGAAGAAGAGAAAGAGGACAAAUCACCAGCGGAAACAGCAGAACAGCUCAGGACUAACUCCCACAGCAGUGAGGAGAACAGGGUUCCUGCUGAGUCUCACAUGGCCCUAUAGGGGAACACUGUCUACACCUGCCUGUCGCCAUGCAAUGUGCCAGAGCAGGCUGCACUUAUGUUCAGGUUGAGGACUUGUUUAAAGACUGUGCAAGAAAUGCCUUUGAAACCACAGGACGACACACUCUCAGUUUUGGAGAGUGAAAUAGUUCUUUUGUUCAUUUGUUCCUUGAGACAUGACAUAUUUAUUUAAACUGUAAAAAAGGGGGGAUUAAAUGGGAGGAUGUGUUACUAAAGGCAGAGUUUACAUAAAUGUUCCACAGUGUCCCCUGCGCCUCUCAUUCUUGGUUCAGCUCUUCACAUUUCUGCUGUUGUAGAAUGUUGCUCCUGCUGACUGUCUUUUUAACAUGUGACACUUUAAAUGCUAAAAUCACGCUACAAAUCACCAGAAAAAGACAAACAAAAAUGUGUACAGUGAAUCAUGUUUGACUUUGUUUUAUUAAAGUUUGCAUCUAUUUUUAUACUUGCAGGCAGCGAUGCCACUGAGUGGUGUUUUAUAAUUUGCUAUAGCUAAAGCCUCAACAUCAGUAUGAGUCACUUGGUUGUUGCUAUGAGCAAUGUACAGUUGUAAAGAUGAGAAAAUGCCUAUGAAUUGUCCCCUUUUUUUUUUUCAGUAACAGUAUUUUAAAGUGGUCCCACAUUAGAAGCUAUGCGUGGGGCCUUUCAUUUUGUUGCCUCUGAUCACAAUGGAUGGAUGAGCAAGUGGAAAUCUUCCCUCCUUUUUAAGUCUCUCCUCUCUUCCUUGCACUGUUUUGAUCAUGUCUCCUUUGCUUUAUGGUGUCAGUGAUGUCUGCUCCCGUUUCUUAAUAUUUUGUGAAUUUGUUUGUACAAAAAAAGAGAAUAAAAAAGCCAAAAGAA